AGACAAAGUGGUGAAGGAGAUUGGCGAAGGGUGCGAGGAUCCACAAGUUGCCCGAGGAUUUUAGAGGUGACUUUCCCAAAGAACUGGAUCCGGCCAACCAGUCUUACCAGUUUAUGAGCGCCCUGGAGACACAAGGCAGGUGGUACCUUGAGAGGCUGGACAUGGAGAAGGUAUAAAGUGACGCCGUUGGCCAACUUCUGAGGAUAACCUCAGUCUUCUUCAUCUCAAGAAUAUCUCUGCUACGUUUUUGGAGUGUGCUUCAUUUGCAAUGACGACUCCUCUGGAGAAGGCCUUGGCCACCAUUGUCAUCACUUUCCACAAGUAUUCCGGGAAGGAAGGCGAUAAGUUCAAACUCAACAAGGCCGAGCUGAAGGAUCUUCUGCUGAAUGAGCUGCCGGCAUUCAAUAGUAAACGGAUGGAUGCGGCCGAAUUCCAGAAGAUCAUGGGUGACCUGGACCACAACAAGGACAACGAAGUGGACUUCCAGGAGUUCACCUGCUUCCUGGCUUGCGUCUCGAUGGGGUUUGAUGAGUUCUUCCGGGGCUGUCCCAAACCUCCUCUUCCCAAGAAAUAAACCCGAAGGGAUAUUACACUCCUAGAGAAGUGUUUUGAUUUCCAAUAAAAAACACACACAUUA